CAAACUCUAAGCAGAGACAGGAACCUGGGUUAAGUGUUGCGGCUUAGUACAUUUCCUGUUUCAAAAAAAAAAAAAAAAAAAAAAAAGAGCAGCAAAGAGAAGUCAUUCAAACGAGAUGUCAGUUGCAAUGUGUUAGCACCCGGUAACCCAGGGCUCACCCUUCUCCUUUCUGGCAUGGGGCUUAACUGAGGUCGGGGAGCAGAGCAGGGCCUCUGAACAUCUGGCGAAUCCACCUAAGGGCUGCCCUUGCUGCGUAGAGGUAAGAACCUUUAGAUCUGUGGCUAGCUAUGGAUGUACAGAAGUAAACGCUGACCCUGUAAAGGAAGGCAAUUUGUGUCUUGUUUUUUUCCCCCCGAGGUUCAGCCUGCAUGAUUGACACUGGGAGGUUGUAACAUGAACCAGCAAGGGAUGUUUUUUUCCCUUGAAGUUCGAGUGUUACAGCAUGCAAAAGAGAGAUAAAGGGCAUGCUCAUUAAUUAGGAAGAGUAAUUUUGGGUGGCCACGGAAGAAAAUAAAACCCAUAACUCGCCAGCAAGGGCUCAGAAGUUUGCUCAGCUUGGGGAAGGGAACAGGAGGCAGUGCCACUAGCCAGGAGAAUUAAGGACACGGCAUUACAGCCAGACAAGCUUUUGUGAGGAAAAGGAAAGAAAAACGUGCAGAGUGCAAACUGGAAUGUACCAUUUAAGUCAAGCUAUUGCAAAAGGAAAGAACUUCACCAAAGCAGCCAGGAGAUCAUCACAGGUUGGUGUGUUGUGUGUGGAGCCGUGGACAAUAUGAUCAGUCGAACUGAGAAGUCCCCGCGCCGGUGCAGGCGUCUGAGUGAGAGUUACGACGAGAAGUGCGAGCGCCGGCACGAGACCCGUGAGAGCUUGUGGAGGAGAAACAAUGUCACCACAUGUCGCCAUGUGGGGCAAUGUCGGAAAAAGGAGGCAGAGGAGCAGUCCCAGAGCCCCCGCCAGAAAGAGUUCCUGAAGAGAAGGAACUUAGCCACCGAAGAAGGAAAGAAACAAGUGAGGUUUCCUACUGGGACACCAGCAUCUCCGGGACAAGAGUGUGCAACAGGCACCCCCAAGGAAGCAUCCUCCUGGAUGGAUCUGAGGUCACCCACAUCCCUCCAGAAUAACAGCACCUCCAUGGUCCAUCACAAGCAUCCCCAGCACAGUCUCAACGAUCCUCGCACGCAGAACAACUGGCACUCCUGUGGCAUUUCAUCACAAAACAUCCUCCCUAAAGACAUCUCCAAGCUUAGCCGAGGCACUCAAACAUUAACAGAUUCUAGUGCAAUAAAGAAAAAUUCAAGCCAACAAACAGACUGUGGGAUAGCAGUAUUAGAUAAGGAAAUAAUUCAACUUUCCAACUACCUCAAGGAGGCGUUACAUCGAGAGCUGCUGCUGAAGCAGAAGAUGGUGAUUUUACAGGAGCUUUUAUCCACAUUGCUGCAAGCAUCAGAAAAAUCUUGGAAGGGUCAGCUGAAUGAAGACAAACUAAAGGGUAAACUGAGGGCCCUUGAAAAUCAGCUUCACACCUGUGCCCAGAAUUACUCAAAGGACAGUGUGAAGAGGAUCCUGAUGGAGAUGGAGGACCAAAAGCAGACCUAUGAGCAGAAAGCAAGAGAAGCUCUACAGAAGCUGCUGGAGGAGAAACUCCAAGCAGAACAGCAGCUACAGAAUACUCAGAGGAUCCUGGCAGUCACAGAAGACGACUGUGCUCUCUGGAAAGAACACUAUGACACAUUAAAAACAGAGUGGAAUGAGACAGCCACUAAGCAUACUGAACUGGAGAACAAGCUCUAUGUUUUGCAGAACCAACUGCAAUGGGCAGACACCCAGAAUGAUCAGCUCCGCCAGGCCCUGUGUAACUUGGAGAGUGAGCGUGAAGAUCUCUAUUCGAGAAUGGAGGCUCUACAAGUAGACAGGCAGCUCAGAAUGGAGCAUGUCAGUGCAAUGGAAGGUAAAUUGCAAAAUGAACAAAAGCAAAAGCUGGCGCUGGAGGCGACAAUCACUCGUUUGCACAACCAGUUACAGAACCAGUCCAAGGAGCAGAAGGCUCAGGAAGAGGUGGUAGUAAGAAAAGAUCAGGUUUUAACUAUGCAGAUCCAACCCCCCAGUCCAGUCAGAGAAAAACAAGAUGCUUUGUUAAAGCAUCCAGACGAUGAGGGAGAGGAAAAUCUGAAGGACCAGGUGCAGAAGAGGACAGCCCAACUCAUUGCAAAGGAAAAGGAGUGCGCAGAUCUCCGCUCUGAGCUGGAGGCCCUGAGCGACGAGUACCGCUCCUGCAUGACCAAGUUACGUCAGUGCCGAGAUGAGCUCAAUCAGUUCCAGAGCAAACAGUCAAAAAGACAAUGUGGCCACUGGAUCCCCCUCCUAAUGGUGGUGAUAGCAGCAGCCAUGGCGGCUUUCUUAGCCAAUUUUGUACCCUGAGAAUCCAUCCGUUUCAAUUACCUCAGCUCAGCAACUGACAACUUUUUUCACUGUAAUGUAUAAAAAUUUUGUAGGGUUUUUGGGGGGAUAUUUUUGAGCUGGUCUCACUCCUCAACAAAUUCACACUGGUCCAAUAAAUGCCGUGAGAUCAU